AUGUCGCAGCAAACGCGAUGGAUUGUCGUUGAUGACAGGGAUAGCCAAAUCACCUACAGCGGUUCAUGGUCCUCUAUUUCUGGCGACGAAUUCAAUGGGCGAGGAAGCUUUGGGUCAACUUAUUUAAACACAUUACGCAGCUCAACCUCUACGGGGUCAACCUUAACUUUCAGUUUCAUCGGCGAUGCGGCGCGAAUCAUGGGUACCAUGCUAGGCAGGACGACGGAUCCGGAAUGGGAGUGUAUACUGGAUGGUGUGGUUCAGGAGAAAGAGUCUGCAUGGAACUCGCUACAGAACAACAUGGCCUUCUGCAAAUUCUAUGAGCUCGCUCCUGGACCUCAUACCAUUAGCCUCAGGGUGACCCGAAGCUCCGAGCGCGCUUUCCUUUUCGACCAAAUCCAAUACAAGCCAACUGGCCGAGUCGACAACCAAGUCACGUAUAUCACUCGCGCAGACCCCAAUUUGGCGUACGAUAGCACAUGGCAGCCGCUAGGACAUGCCGCGCACAUGACACACCGGACGGGAGGGAUUUUGGAGCUUCGCUUCAUUGGAACACAGGUCGCAUGGUACGCAUCCUACCCGAGCGAGCUAGCACAUGUGGAUUCGACAGCCUCAUAUACGCUCGAUGGUGGUGCACCUGUCUCUAUAACCGUUCCUGGUGGAGGAAACGAUUCCGAUUGGAACAGACUUCUAUUCACCACUCCUCGCGUGAACAGAGGAGAGCAUACUCUGCGGGUUACUUACCAUGGUCGAGGAUCCCAGACGCCCCUGGUCCUCAGUCACCUCUUGGUCACGGAUGGAACCACCCAACUGGUCUCACCGCCUCCUCCAAUCGACACAUCACCGGCGCCGCCGACCGACGAUGCGACACCUGGUGGCGGAACGCCAACGUCGACCGACGAUGAUGAAGACUCCGGGGACAGUGCUCCAGGGUCAGCCGCAAGUUCAAGGCCACGACCAUCGCCAAGUGACAGUGCGAACCCAAAUAUCCCCGGAGGUCUAUCAGAUUCAGACACUGAAAUUGCACCUUCGGAAGGACUUGCAGUGCUGCGAAAGAGCUCGACUGCCGGCUCAAGUCCAACGGAUAUCAGCAGUGGGGGAGGUAUCGACGGAAACACUAACACCAGUGACAGCAAAGGCCUCCCGGUUGGCGCCAUUGUUGGAGCAGUGCUAGGGUGUCUCGCGUUCCUUGUUCUGGUCGUUGGAAUCCUCGUCUUUCUCAAAUAUCGACGCCGACGAAACACCCGAAACAUUUUCCUUCCUAACUCCCCCCAGACAGUGCAGCCAUUCUACGCUGCUGGCUACUCGGAUGCAUCAAAUCCACCCAUGGCAAGCGUACCGGCAGUUGGCCAGGGAGAGAAUCAAGGGCAAUACGGAUCCCCGGUUUCGCUUCCUCCUGAACAGGGAAGCAUGUCGGCCGGCCUUCCGUCCUCCAUGUCAGGCCUCUCGAAUCCAAGCGCCUUUUCCCCUCAGAUCAACUCCGGUUUCUCUCCUGUCUCGAGUACUACUAAUCUCCUCCAACCUUUACGAAAGGGGUCUGAAGCACCCAUUCCCCCACAAUCUGUGCAACUCGUCGGUCAUCCACCCAAUUACACUCCUUGA